AUGGGUGUCUUGUCGAAAUUGGACCAGGUACGGUUACUGGCCUCAUCACUCAGUUUUAAGCAGUAUGGACCAGGUGUAUGCGGUCUCGCAGCGUUCUUUGCAGUAAUCAAAUGGUACAGCAAGGCAGCCAAAGGUUCCCAAUCGAGGCUCAUUCUGACCAAAAGCGGUCAGCCUUCCAAAGACAAAGCCCAUGUGGACGGGGCAUUCUUCAUGAAGCUUUGGCGUAUUCUGAAGAUUCUCAUACCUGGGCCAUUCAGCAUGGAGAUGUUCUACAUGUUAUUGGUAGCUGUGUCGCUUCUUUGUAGGACCUACGCUGACUUGUACAUGAUCAUCACAGCUACAGGAAUCGAGGCCUCUAUUAUCUCCCGUGAUCGGCUGCUAUUUUUGAUAAAGGUCAUACAAUAUGGAAUGGCCAUGCCAGCAAUUUCAGUGACGAAUGCGAUUCUCAAGUUUGGUAUCAGUGAAAUAAAGCUGCGAUUCCGGGAACGACUCACCAAGCAUCUCUACAGUCAGUACCUAAAGGGUUUCACUUUCUACAAGAUGUCGAAUCUGGACAAUCGAAUCCAAAAUGCCGAUCAACUUCUAACUCAGGAUGUCGACAAAUUCUGCGAAGGACUGGUGGAGCUCUACUCGAAUCUCACAAAGCCCAUUGUCGAUGUAUUGCUCUAUGUAUCCCGAAUCGGUGGUGCUCUAGGAUGGAGUGCUCCAGUGAUUCUUUUCUCAUAUUUGCUUGGGUCAGGCGUAUUCCUAACAUAUCUGAGAAGACCAAUCGGCCGACUCACCGUGCAGGAGCAAGCUCUCGAAGGGGAAUUCAGAUUUGUGAACUCUCGUCUUAUUAUGAACAGCGAAGAGAUUGCUUUCUAUCAGGGUAAUGAUCGCGAACGAACUACACUAUUAGGCUCAUUCUCAAACUUGGUCAAUCAUCUCAGGAAGGUCAUUCUGUUCAGGUUCUCUAUUGGAUUUGUGGACAACAUCGUUGCCAAGUACGCUGCCACAGUAAUUGGAUGGUAUGCAGUUGGACGACCAUUUUUCGAUCACAAGAACGAGUUCAUCAAUGGACUUGGCAGGAAUCAGCUGAUUCAGGAAUACUACAAUUCUGGCAGAAUGAUGUUGAAACUCGCUGAAGCUCUCGGUCGUUUAGCAUUGGCCGGUAGAGAGCUGACGAGAUUGUCCGGAUUCACCACAAGGGUAGACACUCUGCUCAAAGUACUGAAUGAUUUGUCUACCGGAUCGUAUGAACGUACUAUGAUAACUGAUGGCAAAAGCGAACAAGCGAACGGUCUCAUAAGCAGUUCUUUUAGUCCAGGAGCAGUUAGUAGUUGCGAGAAUUUACUUUCAGGCGAGCUUGUCAUCUGUGAUAAUGUGAUCCGUUUUGAGGGCGUACCUCUUGUCACGCCGAAUGGUGACGUCUUAAUCAACAGCCUCGACUUUGAGGUGCCAUCCGGAAGAAACGUUCUUGUUUGUGGUCCAAAUGGUUGUGGCAAAAGUUCGUUGUUCCGAAUUCUUGGCGAACUAUGGCCUCUGUUCGGUGGACGACUUACGAAACCAGAAAAAGGAAAGCUUUUCUACGUUCCUCAGCGGCCAUAUAUGACGCUUGGAACUCUUCGUGAUCAAGUCAUCUAUCCGGAUCGAGCAUACGACAUGGUCCGCAAGGGAUUUACGGAUCACGAUUUAGAAGAAAUGUUAGAAAAGGUACAACUAUCUCACAUUUUGGUUCGUGAAGGUGGUUGGGAUACCGUACAAGACUGGAUGGACGUGUUGUCUGGUGGGGAAAAACAACGGAUUGCGAUGGCUCGGCUUUUCUACCACAAACCGCAAUUCGCUAUUCUAGAUGAGUGCACCUCAGCUGUCAGUGUGGAUGUUGAAGGAGCGAUGUACAGAAUUUGUCGAGAAGAAGGAAUUACCCUGUUUACGGUAUCCCAUAGAAAAUCGCUAUGGGUGCAUCACGAGUACUUCCUUCAUAUGGAUGGCCGAGGAUCUUAUCAAUUCGAGAAAAUCGACGAUAAUACUACUAUGUUUGGCUCUUGA